UAUACAAUGCGUUAUUUAGAUAACUGAAAGUAAAGUUUCAAUACUAAAUGGAAAAUAUCCCGUUGAUAUUGCUAUGACUCUCGGAUCGAGUGAAACAAACUUUAAAAUUUUACAUACUAAACAGGAGUGAAAAGGCAAAGGGUGUUUUACCAAAAUGUCGCUGGGGCUAUUGUUUUUCAUUUUCAUGAAAAAUGUCGAAGCAAAUGUUAAGACAAAUAUUGUUAAUCUUCCCAAUAAUGUAACAGUUACAACAAAAUCAGCAGGCUUCAAAAGACACAUGAACGUUUACAUUUACGCAUACGAACGUAUCAGUUCUACUUCGACUGCAAACACCCUAGUGGAAUGUGGGAAAACAUGCAUAAGUAUACCGCGAUGCCGUGGUUUUAAUGCACGCAAAGAACAAACUCCAAUUACCUGUGAUUUUAUGGCUGGUAACUUGGAUACAAUACAUUAUUAUGUAAAAAUGGAUUCAUUUCAAUGGGAUUUCUAUGAACUCGAGAACAUGUGUACAUUGAAUCCAUUUAUUUGUGAGCAUGGCAGUGUCUGUAUUCCAAAUUUUGACAACAACACUUAUCAUUGUGAUUGGUGCUUCCCCCCUUACUAUGGUAAACAUUGCAAUUUAACAGAUGGCGUGAUUAGUAAUGUACCAAUACCAACAGACAUCUUGUCCGGAAAGAAAUUAUCUUGCCGCACUUUAAAAAGACAUUUUGGUCCGCUGAUUCACUACGGAAUUUAUGAAAUUCAUCCUUGGCGUGACAGAAGGAAAAUUAAAGUUGAAUGUUCGUCAGAUGGAGCAACUUUGAUAAUGGAUCUUAAAUCUCAACAAAAUGGAGACAACUUUACAACGCUCACAACACUUGAUGAUCUUGUUCGGAAUCAAAGAGUCACAACUUCAGUGUUGAAUAUGUUUUACAAGCUAACUCGAUUCGAGCAAUUGGAGUUUGGAUGCCGUAGAAAUGCAAGUGUGUGGAAGUUCUGAUGUUUUGAAAUACUUUAUUGGUGAAUCCAACAGACUGCCAAGUUUUUGCCACACGCAAUCUAAUAAUCUCCAAAACGUCACAUGCACCAUGGCUUUAAAAAAGAAAUGGUCGACAGGCAAUGUCCCAUUGGAGACUAGAAUCUCUAAAGACAUUGUUCGAUUUGGUGAUGCUGCUUUAAGUUUUUCAGACGGAAGAUAUGGAUGUUUCGACCAACCAACAGAGUACAUGGCUAAUGACUAUUAUUAUAUUUGGGCACAUUAAUUUGUCAACUAACAAUUUCUAUAUUUGGGCAAAGAUAUGAAAAAGAUUAUAACAUAAACAAUUAAGGAAAACAAAGAAAUUAUUAAAAAAUGAAAGUAUAAUAGGAAUAUCUGAUAAGUUUUUAAUUGUUUUUGUUUUAAGUUAUAUGACUUCACAGCAGCCUUGUGACAAUACUGCGAAAAAAAUUGUUUUCCAAU